CUUAAAAGAAGUUUGCGAGCAGUUUGUGUCUCUUCGUGUUACUUCGUUGACUGCAACCAUGAGGCCUCUCUUCCGGCUUACCUGUUCGCUCCUCCUCCUCGCGACCUCCUGCUGGGCCGGCGUGCCCCCCCACGACCAGGUGGCCCGGGUCGCCCGCUUCAUCGUCCACCUGGUCGACUGGACGUCCAUGGCCACCAUCAGCAGCCACACGCCGGUGGCGGGGCAGCCCUUCUCCAACGUCUUCUCGGUGAGCGACGGACCCCGCGGCUCCAGCUCAGGUGUGCCCUACCUGUACUUGACUCGCAUGGAGGUGUCCGUGCAGGACCUGCAGGUGAACCCGCAGGCAUCUUUGUCCAUGUCUCUGGCUCAGACUGGUUAUUGUCGCCAGCAAGGAUUCGACCCUCAGAGUCCACUCUGCGCUCACAUCAUUCUGUCUGGAUCUGUGCUGGAGGUGAAUGGCACGGAGGCUGAGUUUGCUAAAAAAGCCCUCUUUGAUCGACACCCUGAGAUGAUUGACUGGCCGUCAGACCACAACUGGUUCUUUGCCAAGUUUAACAUCACACAGGUCUGGGUGCUGGAUUAUUUUGGCGGGGUGAAGACAGUCAGUCCAGAUGAAUACUUCCAAGCUUCCCCAAACGAAAAGCACAAUUAAUUAUUAUUCAUAUUCAGCUUGUAGUUCUGUGCCGUGGAUCAUUUCUAUACAAAUGUCAUGCAAAA